AAUCAACAAACUGAAAUGAAAAUGUCCGUCGUAAAAGUUACGUUUAUAUUUUACUGUGUGACUGUGUAAUGUUAGUGGCCAGCGAUGUGAUGUUUUAUCAUUAUUAUCAUUAAAAGUGUAUAUUAAUUAUUAAAAUGAUUGUUCAAGAUCCUAUUCAGGUAAUCGUUUGGGAUUGUCUCAACAAUUAUGAAUACGACAAUGCUAUAUUUUUGGCUGAGAGACUACACGCUGAAGUUGCAUCAGAAGAAACAGCGUUUUUAUUGGGUACCUGUUACUACAGAGCUGGACGUGUAAAUGAGGCUCAUCAUUUAUUACAAACUAUAUCAUUGACGUUACCACAAUCUAGAUUUCUUCUCGCUAAAUGCGCUAUAGAAUUAAAAUCGUACAAAGAUGCCGAAGUCAUAUUGGGCACAAACAUGGAUAUUGUUGCUUCAGAGUUUGGUGAACAAGCUCCAUAUGCGCUACAGCUCCUGGCCAAGAUUUAUAACAUCACAGAGAGAAGAAAUAAAGCAGCGGAUGCCCACCGUAAAGCACUAUCAUUGAAUCCAUUCAUGUGGAAAUCAUUUGCACAAUUAUGUAACAUGGGUGAGAAAGUGGAGCCCCACCAAGUGUUCCACCAUAGCAACACCGACUUUUCAUUUGGUGUAUCAACUUUAGUGAAUCUAGUCAGCAAUUCGGAAAACAUUUCCUUUGUUAAUAGCAACAUUCCUAAUAAUACUAGCUUGAACACUAAUGUAACUCCUAAUAAUAUGUCAUCAAAAACACCUAUGAUAAUGUCCACAAGCAUCACACCGGAGCCCCAGGCUCCAGUCAAACGCAUGCACAGCGUGUUCAGCGGAAUGGCACCGAUUCCAUUCUCACCAUCAUUUGGUAUGUUACCGAUGGACGAAUCUCCCGUUUUAUACACGCCAACAUUAACUGACUCCAAUGAGCAGAAAGCUUUACCUAAGAUAGUUAAUUCACUGCGAGCACAAAUGGGACAGCUGAAGGACGCCGUGUUCAGUCCGGCGCCGCGCUGUACGCUCGGCCCCGCCCCGCGCCGCUCCUCCAGACUGUUCAGCAAUAAUAAUAGUAGCUACUCUGUUAAGGAAAACAAUAAAUCGCCAAGUAGAAAAUUUGUAGCUCCUAAAAGCCCCUCGAGAAAAAGUAAACAGAGGACAGCUAAAAACAUUAAAUCAAAUCCGGUAGAAACCAACGAAAGGGCCAAAAGUAUAGAGACGGUAACACCAGCUAUCACGCCAAAGAACUCCAAUGCUGUAGCUUUGUUAAAUUUAUUAAAAGAAUUAGGUGAGGCUUACAAAGCUCUGUCAUUUUUAGAUUGUAAAAACGCUAUAAAACUCUUCCAAGAAAUACCGAGUAAACAGCUUGCGUCGCCCUGGGUGCAGACGAUGAUUGCUCGUGCUCAUUACGAACUAGCGCAAUAUGAAAUGGCCGCUAAGGUGUUUGCAGAGAUUAGAAAACAGCAUCCGAACCGUACGGAAGGAAUGGACAUAUACAGCACAUGUUUAUGGCAUCUACAACGUGAGGCUCAAUUAUCCGCUUUAGCACAAGAACUGGUAGAAUUAGAUAGAAAUGACUCGAUCGCCUGGCUGGCCGCCGGCAACUGCUUUUCUCUUCACAAAGAGCGCGAGACUGCGUUGAAAUUCUUUAAGAGAGCUGUACAGAUCAAUCCGGAUGCGGCUUACGCUCACGCUUUACUCGGACACGAAUACGCGGCGGCCGAGGAAACAGACAAGGCCCUCGCAAGCUUCAGAACAGCGGUCAGCAUCGAUCCUCGCAAUUACGUAGCGUGGUUCGGUAUCGCGACCGUGUACGCUCGCCAAGAACGAUGGAAAGCAUCUGAGGUGCACAUACGGCGAGCUUUGGCUAUACAUCCACACUCGGGUGUACUGAGAUGUCAGCUGGGAGUGGCACAAGCAGCCUUAGGAAAAAUGGAUCGUGCGCUCGCUACUUUAGAACGCGCCGUCGCUUUGGACACAGAAAACCCGCUGUGUCGGUUCCAUCGGGCAUCCGUGUUGUUGCGUGCGGGAAGGCCGGACGAUGCAAUAGACGACUUAUCUCAUCUGAAGAACAUUGCACCGAGAGAGUCGUUAGUUUAUUAUUUACUCGGCAAAGCUUACAAUAAAAUAGGCAACCCUCAUAUGGCUUUGAUGCACUUUAGCUGGGCGACAGAUUUGGAUCCGAAAGGAACGGGUGGGCAUAUUAAGGAAGGCUUCGACCCAUCAAAACAAGAGGACACGCCGGAGAGAGCGACCUAAGUAUGGAAAUUGUAGACGAUCGCGGGACUGGGUUAUUCAAAAUUCGCUUGCGGAAGAAGGCGACGGAGUCAAAUUUGACUGAUGAUAUGUAUAUAUAUAAUUGCGUACACCUAUCGAAUUCUUGACUGACACCAAAUUCUUCCAAAUGUUACUAUAUAGAUUUUGAUAGGUGCAAACUGGCAUUCGGUCAGUGUAGUACUAAGGAUGUAUGUGGAUUUGUUUAUAUAGAGUAAGAUGUGGAUAUUCCUAAUGUUGUUCUAGUAUAUAUCUUGUAUAGCUAACUAUUAAAAUGAUAAACGAUUGAAUGUAAAACUUGAAGCCAUUGAUGCCCAAAAACGCGAGAAUGAUCUCAAUGGAGAGUUUGAAUUUAAUAUGUAAAUGAUAUUUAUCCUAAUAUUAAAUCGGUAUUAUAAUAAUUUUUUAUGCCAUACAAAAUUUCUAAUGCUAAUUAUUUUCUUGGAUCAUUUUUAACAAUAUACAAAAUAUAUGUACAAUAAAUUAAGAAAGUGAAUUCCAACAGUAGUUUAUUUAGCCGCUGGCGGUGUUAACUGAGAUCUUUUUCAAUCAUGUCUCUAAUAAAUUUCCUAAAAUUAGCCUUCAAAGUAUCUGAAAGGAAAUUUUUGCAAUAAGAAGUAUAAAAUUUCCUCGCUUUAUUUAAACAUUACUCAAUAAAUGUGUUAGAUAUAAAAUACAAAAUUAUCACGGCACUGAUAAUAAUUAUGUGCGAAAUAUGGCAUGAAGUUAGAAUUAGAAUAUAAAUGUAAUUAUUUUCGUGUCGUAUGAAUGUACAAACAAAUUAACUAUAGCACCAUUUGUCUGUUUAAAUCACCAAUGAACUGCUAGCUCUGUGAAGACAUGUUUAGACACAACUAUAUGUGAACUUAUAAAAAUCAUUCUACAUUGCAAA